UAGGGAUUUCCCAUUUAUAUUUACAAAAUUCACAGAUUUAUUCUUUCCCCCAUUUGCGUUCGACGGCGUCUUCGUUCUCCCCGGUCACCUGCUCCUGCUCCAGAUCCUUCCUUUCGUCUAUUCCAGGUUAUCUUAUGCUUGAUUAAGCAAAAUGAUAAGGUUGCAGACAUAUGCUGGGUUCAGUGUGUUGGCAACUUUGGUGGCUAUUUAUCAUGCAUUUCACAGCAGAGGUCAAUUCUACCCGGCAAUGGUCUAUCUAUCCGUAUCCAAAAUAAAUCUGGUGCUUCUCCUCAAUAUGGGUCUUGUCAUCAUGUGUGGGAUGUGGCAGCUAACCAAAAUGGUCUUCCUUGGUUCUCUGAGAGAAGCAGAGGUGGAGAGGCUAAAUGAACAGUCAUGGCGUGAACUCAUGGAAAUACUUUUUGCGAUAACAAUAUUUCGUCAAGACUUUUCAGUUUCAUUCCUAGCCAUGGUUACUACUCUCUUAUUAAUUAAGGCUUUGCAUUGGUUGGCCCAAAAGAGGGUUGAGUACAUUGAAACAACUCCAUCUGUACCCAAACUGUCUCAUGCACGGAUUAUAUCUUUCAUGGGAUUCCUUCUUCUGUUGGACUGUCUCUUCUUAUAUAAUUCCGUAAAGUUCUUGAUAGAGACGCGUCAAGCUUCAGUUUCAUUCUUCUUUGCAUUUGAGUACAUGAUACUUGCAACCACAACAAUCUCAACAUUUGUGAAAUAUGUAUUCUACGUUAGUGACAUGCUAAUGGAUGGACAGUGGGAGAGAAAAGCUGUCUAUACUUUUUACCUGGAACUUGUUAGAGACUUGCUGCAUCUAUCAAUGUAUCUGUGCUUCUUCCUUGUGAUUUUCAUGAACUAUGGUCUGCCUCUCCACUUGAUCAGGGAGCUUUACGAGACCUUUAGGAACUUCAAGAUUCGUGUUGCAGAUUACAUUCGUUACAGGAAGAUCACUUCAAAUAUGAAUGAUCGUUUCCCAGAUGCAACACCAGAAGAGCUGAAUAUGAGUGACGUGACAUGCAUCAUUUGCCGUGAGGAGAUGACUACUGCGAAAAAGUUAGUUUGUGGGCAUAUGUUCCAUGUACAUUGCCUUAGGUCAUGGCUAGAGAGACAACAAACAUGCCCUACUUGCAGGGCCCUAGUUGUACCAUCUGAAAGUGGGACAACUACUUCUGGAUCACAUGCCGUUUCUCAUCAGCAAGGCACAAGUGCAAAUACUGCCAGUACAUCUUCUUCUCAGGGAUCAAGUGCUGAUGGUGGCUCAAUUAAUGCUAUAAGUCUGCAACAAGCAAGACUUCAAGCUGCUGCUGCAGCUGCUUCACUUUACGAGAAAUCAUAUGUUUACCCCUCUGCUACUCUAGCUUGGGGUUCUGGGUAUACCAUUCUCCCACAAGGAGGAUAUAAACCUGGUAAUAGUGCCGAAGAGGUUUUAGCUGGACAGUCACAAAAUAAUCAUGGCUUUGCGGGGGCUCCUACCGGUCCUUCCAAUAUGACUUUUCCUUUAAUGGCCCCUGCCGUUAAUAUGAAUGAUGUAGGCAGAAACAACUAUUCGGGCAUGCCAGACAAUCUACUUGAAGCUCAGAAAAAAAUCCUUCAGGAUCAAAUUGAGGCAUUACAGAAACACCUUAAACUUGUAGAGCAAGCUGAGAUAGAGACAAAAGUAGGCUCUAGCUCAACAACAUCAUAUGAAUCGGACAAGGGAAAAGGCGUUGUGGGUUCUUCUUCUUCAUCAGCUCCGGAUUGUGUUGGACAUGAAGAAGAUUCGUGAAGAGUUCUAGUGGGAAUUCGGAACAUGUUUCAUUUUAAAUAGCCAUUUGGCAUAUUUUUAUGUAGUAAGUAGUAGUAUCAUCAAACCACAUGAAACUCGAUGAUGUCCCAUUCAUUUUCAUUUUCUUUUGGAUAGAAUCAGAUAAAAAGGGACGCCAUCCUUUGCUCUUGCUCAAAAUUGAAUGUUUUCUAGAACUAUUUGAGAUAACAAACUUGUGUCAAUCAUACAAAGAAAAACUUGUGUCAUUGUGUUUAAUAAUCCAUUCUCCU